GACAAGGAAACCGUCUGGGUCAAUGCUUCUAUUAGUUAUCACACAUUGCAACUAUUAGGUAUCUUCCUCGCGCAUUUCGGGUUAAAACUCCCUAAAUAAUGUCUUCAAAACCCGACCCGUUCUUAUCUUUGUCUGAGUGAGGGAAAUGUGUCAUCUUACGCUUAUUACGUGACUUGUAACUAUGCUGUGGUCCCUAAACCGCACGCUGGCGUCAGCCAUAUAAUUAAAGGCACCAGAAACUGUGUUGCUCAGUUCCAGGAAUGGGCGGGUUUAAAGAAACAUUUCAAGAUGUCCAACCCGUGACGCUUCGGCUCUCCGAAGAGAACGUCACUUCCAGUCUUUACUGCAGCUCUGCAGAGGGAAUCGAAGCUCACGUGGCCACUUUGGUGGAAGCUUUCUUAGUUGAAGUGUACCGAUGCAAAGUCUGUCAGUUCACCAGCAGCCAAAAACUCAGGAUAAGCCAUCAUGUUAUGGAAAGACAUGAUUCAGCUUCUCCAUGCCCCCAUCUGCCAUGUCUGGAGAAAGAGAAUGAAGAGAGUUUGGAUGUGGGAAUGAGGGUGGAUGAUGAAGGGGAUGUUGAGCAAAAUAGUACCUCUCCAUACGACUUGGAGAGCGACCUCCAUUCUGGCUCGAAAAGCAACGAGGAUCAAAUGGACAUGGAACGCAUGUCUUUCCUUCUUCCGAUGUAUGGCAUGUUUCAGAGCAUCAGCCCACGGUCAUGUGACAUCGGCCUGGGCUCCAACUCGGAUGGCAACUUGCAUGUGGCACAGACUUGUGAGGUGAGCACGCUCUUUGAAGAGGAGCACCAUGGUGUGGACAGUGAGGAGGAACCCGUGUUUCAUCUGGAGGAUGCUAGCACCGGUCUGGAUGUCCCUUUGAACAGUGGAAUCGACACUGACGUCCAGGAUGAGGAAAUGGCCCAGUCAGCUCAUUUGAUGACUCUUGGCCUGUGCAGAAUUUCUAGCACUAAAUGUCAUGCAAGUUCGAUUAAAGGAGUGUCCCGUCCCGCAAGAGAGCAGAACGUGGAUGAAAAACAGCCUUUACCCUCGGCUGAUAAAACAAUGAAGCAAUCUGAGGAUGACGGUGGAUUGGCCUGCAUCCUCUGUCAGACGGUUGAAUCAAGUCGUAGCAUGCUAGAAGUUCACCUGAAAUGUCAUAAUGGAGACCAAGGUUUCAGGUGCCCACGCUGUGGCUGGGAGUCAGAGGAAUGGGCUGAUAUGGAGCGGCACUGGAGGGCGCAUGGCAAGAGAAAAAGUUCCAGGCCACAUAAAUGUAGAAUUUGCCACAGGACUUUCAGGAGAGCCGAUUCACGUGAUGCUCAUGAGAAAAGGCAUCAUAAACGGCAUCACCAGGCAGCACCUCUCGCACAGUGUUCUCUGUGUCUGGAAUGGUGUCAAUCAAGGAAUGAGUGGGAGAUACAUCAACAAUGUCAUUUCCAAGAAGGAUUUAAAUGUUUACACUGUGAUUUUACAGAGAACUCGUGGAAGAAGACCCUGAAGCAUAUUCGCACUAAACACAAACAGGGUGAUGUAAAUAAAGAGAAGCAGAUUGUCCACAGCAUAGAACACCCGCAACUUAGCACGCAAACAUCCACAAAGUACCCAGAAUGCCUCAGAAGAAUGAAGCCAGAGUCAUGGUGUCAGGUUAAAAAGAAAAAAGUAAAAAACAGGGUUGUGAGAGCAGAAAAGAACAAUGAAGGUGAAAAGGACAGAGUGACAAACUUGAAGGAUGAGACUCCAGUGGGACUCGCUGCUUUCAGACGGAGAGAGUUUUGCUGCAACCUCUGUGACAAGAAGUUUUCAACCAAGCUGACUAUGCGUCGUCACAUGGGCAUCCAUCAGGGUGAAAAGCCGUUUAAGUGUCCACACUGCCACUAUUGCACUCGUCUGAAAGCUUCACUAAUCCAGCACCUUCGCGUCCAUACAGGUGAGAAGCCGUACAAGUGUUCCCAGUGCUCAUACGCUUCCAUUGACAGAAGCUCCUUGCGACGACACUCAAGGACGCACACACAAGAAAGGCCUUACUGCUGUCAGUACUGUCCUUACAGCAGCAUCCAGAAGAAGAGCUUAGACCUCCACUCGCGUCGCCAUCACACAGGAGAAUCCUUUCCCUGUCACCUGUGCCAGUAUUCCACAGCAGACCGCCAGCUGCUGGUACGACAUAUAAAGAAACAUCACAUUACAGAACAGCCUGCUGCAAUGGGACAGAGGAACAGCUCUGGUCCUGCAUCACAAACAACACCUUCUCAAAGAGCACGGAUGUCCAAAUAAU